UCUUGUUGCGGACCGACAAUACAAAGAGGACAACAAAGUAACUUAGAAAAGCAAGCAAUCUUUAACGGCAUCGUUCUUUUGAGUCUGUUCUUUGAGUACUAUUUUUGAAAACUUUCAGCGUAAUAUAACCACCAUGACCUGGGAGCGUCUUUUAUUGUCAGCUGUAACGCUGUCUCUCAUUUUGACUCCAUCAAAAGGAGCGGAAUGCGAGGAGCCAACUAAUCUCGAGGGAAAUGUCGUUUUAACAGACGAUGCUAGACUGAAGAAUAAUUUUCCAAGUGGGACAAUUAUCACUCUCGAGUGUGCUAAUGGAUAUGUUACGACGGAUGGUUCCACAAACACUAUUACCUGCACGAAUGGGAAGUGGAGCAAGGUUGAACUGGACUGUAAAAAAAAAGAUUGUGGUCAACCGAAGGAUUCACCGAAUCUACGAUACGAAGUCCAAACAGACACAUUAUUCGGCUCCUACAUCAGAGCGGUUUGUGAUACAGGUUAUGAACUUCAGGGCCCAACCUUCAGACAGUGUCUUGCGACAGGCUGGGUUGGAAGGCCUCGCUGUGUCUUGGUGACCUGCAAAUCGCCGCCUGAGAUAGAGAACAGUGUGAUCUCUGGGCCACUAUCCACAGAGGACAUAAAGUUUAAUGACACCAUUGAAUACUCUUGUAAAGAUGGAUAUACCUUCAAUGGAAGUUCUUCUAUUUAUUGUGAUGAACAUGGCAAAUACAGUAAACCACUCCCAGUAUGCGUAGAACAGCGCACAACCACACAACCCAAUGAGGCAACAACAGCUUUCUCACCUACUGAAACAGAACAGUACACAGAGAAACAACCAGAUGAGGCAAUAAAAACUACAGCAGAAGGAAGACCAGAUGACCAUUCUACCAGUCAACCUACACAGACAGCACACACUAACGAUGACAUGAUGAUGAUAGUCACUGUAGUGAUAGCAGUUAUUUGCGUCCUGUGUGUCCUCUUAUUUGCUUGCGUAUCAUGGAUCUAUAGUAAGAGAGGUUCAUACACGACGGGAGAGGACCUGAGGACAAAAGAAGAGUUGUUACUAGAUCAGUGUCAGUCUGUUGAAUGCACACCCACAAGCUUUAAUCAGACUGCUUCUGUCAGAUGAAGUGUGUCUGCCGCCGGGAGAGGAAUUCUGUGGGCGGACUGCCAUGUCUUCUUCUUU